AUGGAGCUCGAACAGAAAAGUUUCAAAACAAAUGAACGAAAAAACCAGAACUAUAAAACAAAAAUAGAAGAAAGGGAAGAAAUUAUGAAGGGGAAUGAUCCGAUUAAAAAGAGGGAAGUCGAACAGGAUAGGCUCAAAAGAAAUGAGAGGCAGAGAAAACGGCACCAUCGAAAUCCAUUGCGGAAUGCAAAGCUCAAACUUGAAGAAAAACAGCAAGAGGCUGAAGUCAUGGAAGAGGAUGAUCUGUUGUUGAGGACGACAGUCAGAUCGAGAAUGUUUCGGAAACAGAAGACCAACAAUCGCUUCCAGCAGAAGACAAAAGAAAGGCAACAGGCACAAACCCAAGUGGAAGAUGAAGAAGACAAUGUUGAAGAUGAAUCGGGGGAGAAAUGGGGAGGCUAUUGGCAAGAGGAUGAUGAUGAUGAAUAA